AUGUUCGAACACAUUGACUCACACAGGGGCUGGUCAAGAGCUGAAAAUGCAGGUCACAUCGCAUUAACUUCAUGCAACCGGACUAGAUCGCUGAGCCUAAAUAAAGUAGGUCCUAAUUAUGGAUCCCGCUCGGCGCCCAAAACUCUUGACCGAACGGUGUCUCAGCGCACUUAUAACCUUCCAAGAGCCUCCGAAGCCAACUUCGAACUGCAGGAAUGUGACCUGAAAAAAGGCAAUCUGGCCCAAGGUAUGGUAAGGUUUGAGAACGCUCAGGAGCCCAAAAUUUAUUCUGCUGAACAUACAUAUACCUCUUCAAUUGAGAGUGGCAGCACAGAAGAGGCAGAUGCCGACGAAGACGAUGACGAUGACUAUGAGGACGACCACUAUUAUGCUAUAGGAAAGCUGCCAAGUAAGAAAAAAGAUUAA